AUGGUGGACAUCUCUUCUUUCCGAUGGGGCUUCGCGACCGCUUCCCUAAGCAUGCAGGGGCAGCACACCCUCGAAGUCAAAUUCCAGGCGCUGAAGGAUGCUGGCUUCAAGAACACAGAGCUGGGCAUGGGCGGUUUUAUUGAAUGGGUACGACAACAAAAUCCUGACCUUUCCCCCUCGACAGCACCAGUAGAAUGGGCAGACGCUGGUGAGCCCGAUCCAUCUGAUGCUGAGCUCUGGGAGGCUCUCUAUUCGUACGCCCCCAAAGUCAUCGAGCUGGCCAGGUCUUACGACAUCUCCAUCCUGAUGCUCCAGCCACUCAACCAGUUCGAGGGUUGGGUAAAGGGUACAAAGCGUGCCGAGUGGUCUCGAGCAAAGGCCGAGAAGUGGUUGCCUCUCUGUGCCAAGCUCGGGGUUGAGCAAAUUCAAGUUGGAUCCAAUGACCACCUUCCCGCCGACUUUGAGGAUUCCAAGGUCGCCGAGGACUUGCGAUGGCUUGCCGAGUUAGGAGCCGCUCAAAGACCACCAGUCAAGAUCGCCUACGAGUCGUGGUCUUUCGGAAACAGAAUCAAGUCUUGGGAGCACACCUGGAAGCUAGUCCAAGAAGGUAACCACCCUAAUCUCGGUCUGUGCCUAGACACGGCCCAUUUCCCGUUCGGCGUCGGCUACGGGUGGGAUGUCCUCGCGCCCAAGAUGUGGAGCGAGGAGGACUUCCAGGCCAUGCUGGGCCGCCUGCGGGCCGUCCCCGCCGACAAGAUCUUCUACGUCGAGCUCUCCGACGUCGUGCCGGUCACCAAGGCGCUCGGCAAGGGGUCGCGGUUCGACGAGUGGCGGGCCAAGGCCAACUCGCCGCGCGGCGACACCUUCGUGUGGGCCACCUGCGGUCGGUGUCUGCCCGAGGUUGGCAGCGAUGCCGGGAGGGGCGGCGAGAAGGGCGCUGCCAGGGUUGCCGAGGCGCUUAAGGCGAUCCUUGAUACUGGUUUCGACGGACCGUUGAUGUUUGAGCCCUUCGAGUCGCUGUCCAUGGAGAGCGGAGAUGAUGUCCCCACGGCGUAUGCCAACGCCGGCGCGAAAUCGCGACAGCUUCUGAUUGAGGCCGUCAAGAAGCUCUAA